ACAUGCAUGCAAAUAAUAUAGAUUUAUUUCAAUUGGCAAAAUUAUUAUAAAUAGAUGCUGGCAAUCCUUCAUCCUCGGAUGUUGCAGUUGAACAAAUUCCUCACUCCUUUUCAACGUCUUGACACAGAUAGAUAUCUUGCUGCUUCACAACACUAUUAAUUAAUCGAUUCCCCAAACUCUUGAAUCUCCCUUCCACUUUUCAACAAAAAGCUGAAAUCUUUGGAGAAAUUUGUCAAGAAACCAAAAAAGCUGAAAUCUUUGGAGAAAUUUGAUCAAGAAACCAAGAGGGCUUGUUGCAUGGUUCAAAGAAGCAAUAAAGAUUUUAUCUUUGAUCCAAAUUGUUGAGGCCCAUAAUUUUUUUAUUAAUAAUCUUGAUUGCUUUUUUGGGGGGGCUUGAUUCAUUGGGUGAGAGCAGCCAAUUUGUAGUGUUUCUUGAGGGAAUUUGAUGUUGCAGAAUGGCCCUUUGAAGAUGGAGUAUUUAUUUAGUUGCCUUUUUGCCCUUAGGUGGGAUGUGGGGUUGCUAUUCUAAAAGCCCUUCAUUCACUUUGUGUGGUUUUUGAACAUUUUCUUGUCUGUUAUCUUGAUGGGAGAUCCUAACAAGAAGAAAGAAGAAGAAAUGGAGGGGUCUUCGCGCCAUCCGUCGCUGCCAUACAAGGUCGGCAUUCCUCCAAAGCAGAAGCUGUGGAAGGAGUUCUCCGCAACUCUCAAGGAGACGUUCUUUGCAGACGAUCCUCUUCGCUCGUUCAAGGACCAAUCGGGACCGCGCAAGUUCCUCCUAGGAGUCGAGGCUGUCUUCCCGAUUCUCUCGUGGGGCAGAGGCUACAAUCUUAGCAAAUUCAAAGGGGAUUUAGUGGCAGGGCUCACCAUUGCCACCCUCUGCAUCCCUCAAGACAUUGGCUAUGCCAAGCUUGCAAAUUUGGAUCCACAGUAUGGCUUAUAUUCAAGCUUCGUCCCGCCUUUGAUCUACGCGUUGAUGGGGAGCUCGAGGGAUAUAGCCAUUGGCCCCGUUGCUGUGGUGUCUCUGCUGUUGGGGACUCUGCUGCAAGACGAGGUUGAUCCCGUUGCCAACCCUCUCGUGUACCGUAGGCUGGCUUUCACCGCGACUUUCUUUGCUGGGAUCACACAAGCCACCCUUGGCAUUCUCAGAUUGGGAUUCUUGAUUGACUUCCUCUCACAUGCUGCCAUAGUUGGAUUCAUGGGUGGUGCUGCUAUCACUAUUGCUCUUCAACAGCUCAAGGGAUUUUUAGGCAUAAAAAAGUUCACCAAAAACACAGAUAUAAUAUCUGUAGUCAAAUCUAUCUUGAGCUCAGCCCCUCAUGGAUGGAAUGUGCCUACUAUUCUCAUUGGAACAAGUUUUCUGGUGUUUCUCUUAUCAGCAAAGUAUAUUGGGAAGAAGUACAAGAACCUCUUCUGGAUAGCCGCGAUUUCUCCCCUCGUCUCAGUGAUCCUCUCCACCUUCAUCGUCUUCGUUAGCAACGCUGAGGAGAAGGGCGUGCAGAUUGUGAAGCAUAUUGAGAAGGGCAUAAAUAGGCCUUCUGUUGAUGAGAUUUACUUCACCAAGGAUUAUGCCUUGAAAGGCCUUAGGAUUGGGAUAGUUGCUGGCAUGGUUGCUUUGACGGAAGCUGUUGCAAUUGGAAGAACUUUUGCUGCAAUGAAAGAUUAUCAGAUUGAUGGAAACAAAGAAAUGGUUGCUCUUGGAGCAAUGAACAUAGCCGGUUCGAUGACGUCCUGCUACGUUUCUACAGGUUCAUUUUCCCGGUCGGCGGUGAACUUCAUGGCCGGGUGCCAGACGGCGGUGUCGAACAUAGUGAUGUCCAUCGUCGUGCUUCUCACGCUCCUCUUCCUCACCCCUCUCUUCGAGUACACGCCGAACGCCAUCCUGUCGUCCAUCAUCAUCUCGGCCGUCAUCGGCCUGAUCGACUACGAUGCGGCGAUCUUGAUAUGGAAGAUCGACAGGUUCGACUUCGUGGCCUGCAUGGGGGCCUUUCUUGGCGUCGUGUUCAUCUCCGUCGAGCUCGGCCUCCUGAUCGCGGUGUCGAUUUCGUUCGCCAAGCUGCUAUUGCAAGUGACUAGGCCAAGAACAGCCCUACUUGGGAAGAUCCCAGGCACAAAUGUGUAUAGGAAUAUACAGCAGUAUCCAGAGGCAACUAAGGUUGCUGGAGUUCUCAUUAUAAGACUUGAUUCUGCUAUUUACUUCUCAAAUUCAAACUAUAUAAGAGAGAGGCUACUUAGGUGGCUAACGGAUGAGGACGAGCUUCUCGGUGCCACAUGCCUCCCUAAAAUCCAGUUUUUGAUCGUAGAAAUGUCACCCGUCACUGACAUCGACACGAGCGGGAUCCACGCCCUCGAAGACCUGCACAGGAGCCUGCAGAAGAGAUCAGUUGAGCUUGUUCUUGCAAAUCCUGGGCCAACUGUGAUGGAUAAAUUACACGCAUCCGACGUGGCAGAUUUGAUUGGUGAAGAUAGGAUUUUUCUGACAGUGGCUGAUGCAGUUCAGACAUGUUCAUCCAAGUUUAGUGACGAAGUCUAGUGAGACUAUUGUUGGGUGUAUCUACCUUAAUUUCGGUUAAUCGAAGAGACUAAUGUUGGGUGCAAACACUGUACUGAACUGAAAAAUCAAAAAUCCAAUCAACACCAAAAGUAUGAAGAAUCGAAAUUAAGAUU